AUGCCUAGGUCUUCUAUCAAGGGUCAAGUCCUCGCAGAUUUAGUCACAGAAUUCGCUGAACCCUCUAUAGAAACAAUAACCGACAAGGAAGACAUGGAUGGAAAAUCCGUUGGCACAAUCUCAACAUGGGAGACCUUGUGCUGGAAAGUCUAUGUGGAUGGUGUAGCCAACCAAAGAGGAUCUAGAAUUGGGAUAGUUUUAAUAUCGCCUGAAGGCAUUGCCAUUGAGAAAUCACUAAGAUUUGGGUUCUCGGCUACGAACGAGGCCGAGUACGAAGCCUUGCUUCAAGGGAUGAUGAUGGUUCAGAAAUUGGGUAGAAGGGCAAUGGAAGCUUUCUCGGACUCCAAAUUGGUCGUGGGCCAGGUGAUGGGCGAGUUAGAAGCUAGAGAUGCCCGAAUGCAGGAAUAUCUCGGCCGGGUCAAACGUCUGCAGUUAGACUUUGAAUCCUUUAACCUGACGCAUGUUCCGAGAAGUGAGAACACACAUGCAGACUCCCUAGCCACUCUAGCCACAUCCUCUGCACAUGACUUGCCCAGGACAAUCCUUGUUGAGGAUUUAUGCCAGACAAGUUCCACUAGAGGAAAGAAAGCUCAGGUCCAUCAGGUUAGAAAGAGUCCUAGUUGGAUGGAUCCUAUAGUGAACUUCCUAAAGGGUGAUACACUACCAAAAGGGAAACUAGAAGCCGAGAAGAUACGGAGGAAUGCCCCUUGGUUCUGGUUAUCGGAAGACCACAAACUAUACCGGCGCUUCUAUUCUGGGCCAUACCUAUUAUGUAUACACCCAGAAGAAUCCGAGUCCUUGCUUGAAGAGUUACAUGAGGGGAUUUGUGGAAGUCACACCGGAGGAAGAUCGCUGUGGGGUCUUGAUAUUGUCGAUCCUUUCCCCGAAGCGACAGGAAAUAAGCGAUACAUAAUACUCGGAACUGAUUAUUUCACCAAGUGGGUGGAGGCUGAACCUUUGGCCAACAUCAGGGAUGUGGAUGUCAAGAAAUUCAUUUGGAAAAACAUUAUUACACGCUUCGGAACUCCACACACACUCAUCUCGGACAAUGGUCUCCAAUUUGAUAGUAAGAACUUUAGGGAGUAUUGCUGCGAGUUUGGGAUCAUUAACUGGUAUUCCACUCCUGCCUACCCUCAAGGAAAUGGGCAAGCCGAGGCCGUGAACAAAGUCAUAGCAUGCGGUCUGAAAAAGAGAUUGGAUGAUGCAAAGGGCAGAUGGGUGGAAGAGCUCUCGCAUGUUUUAUGGACCUAUCGGACGACGCCGCGGCGGUCAACGGGUGAAACUCCCUUUUCAAUGACUUAUGGGGCUGAGGCCGUACUCCCAAUCGUGAAUAGCUUCCCUACCUUGAAGUCUGACGCCUUCACCACAGACAAUAAUGAUGAGCUAUUGGGGAGAAGUCUAGAUUUAGCUGAGGAAAAAAGGGAGAAAGCGAUGAUCCAUAUGGCCUGCUAUAACUAG